UCGUAUAUAGUUACUCACUAAUACCGUAUCAUGAACAUUGUAUAUGAGAUCCUUAUCAUUUGGUGAAAGAUAGAACAUGAAAUGUUAGCUUUUUUUUUUCCUUUUAUUUUGUCACGGCUGAAUUGUUAUUGUCAGACAUCCAUUCAUGGAUUACAGCUGUGAACAUUUUAUGAUCAGAAAGGGUCAACAAUUAUUGCUUCACUGGGUCCCACAAUCCGCUUUCCAUUUCAUACUUUCAUUCAUCACAGCCGUUGAAUGAAUAUCUAACUGCUCACAUCUUAUAUUGCUUAGUCACACUUAUCCGAUGUCACUAAUUACUGAUUUCAUCCGUAUAGUAUCUCUUCACUGAAUUAAAGUUCGUAAACUUCGAUUUCAAAUUACACACUUCCAUUCAGCAUCCACUCCAAUCCAACUCCUACGAUGGCAGCACAACUUGUUGGUGGUGCUCUUCUUUCCGCUUUUCUUCAGGUUGCAUUCGACAGGCUGGCUUCUCCUCAAUUCCUAGACUUCUUUCGUGGAAGAAAACUUGAUGAUAAGCUGCUCGGCAACUUGAGCAUCAUGCUGCACUCCAUCAAUGCUCUCGCUCAUGAUGCAGAACAGAAGCAGUUCACAGAUCCAAACGUUAAAGCAUGGCUUUUUUCUGUCAAAGAGGCUGUCUUUGAUGCAGAGGAUCUCUUGGGUGAAAUAGAUUAUGAACUCACCAGAUGCCAAGUGGAAGCUAAAUCCGAACCUCAAACCUUUACUUACAAGGUAUCAAAUUUCUUCAACUCUACUUUCAAUUCGUUUAACAAGAAAAUUGAAUCAGAGAUGAAAGAAGUCCUAGAAAAACUAGAAUAUCUUGCAAAGCAAAAGGGUGCUCUUGGAUUGAAAGAGGGUACUUAUUCUGCUGAUAGCUCAGGUGGUAAAGUCUCACAGAAAUUGCCAUCAUCUUCUUUGGUAGUUGAAGGUGGUUUUUAUGGCAGAGAUGCGGACAAAGAAAAGAUUUGUAACUGGCUCACAUCUGAAACUGACACUCAUAACCAUCCAUCAAUACUUUCCAUUGUGGGAAUGGGUGGGUUGGGUAAGACCUCACUCGCCCAACAUGUAUACAAUGACCCAAAGAUUGAGGAGGCUCAAUUUGAUAUCAAAGCUUGGGUUUGUAUUUCUGAUCAUUUUGAUGUUUUGACAGUGACAAAAACAAUUCUUGAGGCAAUCACUAAAUCAAAAGAUGAUAGCGGAGACCUAGAAAUGGUUCAUGGAAGAUUGAAAGAAAAAAUAUCAGGAAGGAAAUUUCUUCUUGUUUUGGAUGAUGUUUGGAACGAAAGACAAGAAGAAUGGGAAGCUGUGCGAACUCCUCUUAGCUAUGGGGCUCCAGAGAGUAGAAUUCUUGUCACAACACGUAUUGAGAAAGUUGCUUCUAACAUGAGAUCUGAAGUGUAUCACCUAAAGGAAUUAGAAGAGGAUGAAUGCUGGAAGGUUUUUGAAAAACAAGCACUAAAAGAUGAUGAUCUUGAAUUGAAUGAUGAGAAAAAGAAGAUUGGUAGAAGCAUAGUUAAGAAGUGCAAAGGAUUACCACUUGCUUUGAAAACAAUUGGAAGUCUUCUCCGAACAAAGUCAUCAAGCUCAUAUUGGAAAAGCGUAUCGGAAAGCGACAUAUGGCAGUUACCAAAAGAAGUUGAAAUUAUCCCUGCUCUACUAUUGAGUUAUCAGCACCUUCCUUCUCAUCUGAAGAGAUGCUUUGCUUAUUGUGCAUUAUUUCCAAAAGAUUAUGAAUUUGAUAAGAAAGAAUUAAUUUUGCUAUGGAUGGCUGAAGGUUUUCUCCAUUACUCUCCGCAGAACAACAAUUUAGAAGAAAUUGGUGAACAAUAUUUUGAUGAUUUGCUAACGAGGUCUUUCUUUCUUCGGUCAAACAUCAAAAUGCAUUUCUCCAUGCAUGACCUUCUGAACGAUUUGGCAAAAUAUGUUUAUGCAGAAUUCUGUUUCAGGUUGAAAUUUGAUAAAGGAGAUUGUGUACCCAAAACAACCCGUCAUUUUUCAUUUGCUCUCAGAGACUUAUACUAUUGUGAUGUAAAAUAUUUUGAUGGUUUAGGUAGUUUAAGGGACGCUAAAAGACUGCGUUCAUUUCUUCCAAUUGUAUAUGACGGUAAAUAUGGUAACGUUCUUUCUUCUCGAUUCAAGAUUUUGAUACGUGAAUUCUCUAAGUUGAAGUUUUUACGCGUCUUAUCUUUGAAUGGAUAUUAUCACUUCAAAGAGAUCCCUGAUUCUGUUGGUGAUCUUAAACAUCUCCAUUCAUUGGACCUUUCUCGUACUAGAAUUCGAAAACUACCUUACUCAGUAGGUUUGCUCUAUAACUUGCUGAUAUUGAAGUUGAAUUAUUGUUCAUAUUUGAAGGAAUUGCCUUCAAGUUUGCAUAGACUCACCAAAUUGCGUUGCCUGGAAUUUGAAGAUACAAAAGUGAAAAAGAUGCCAAUGCAUUUUGGAGAGUUGAAGAAUCUUCAUGUACUGAAUAAGUUUUGUGUCGGUAGAAAUAAUGAGUUAAGUAUUAAGCAUCUAGGUGGAAUCAAUCUUCAUGAAAGGCUAUCAAUUAAUGAGCUGCAAAAUAUUGAGAAUCCUUUGGAUGCAUUAGAAGCAAAUUUGAAAGAUAAACACCUUGUGGGGCUAAAGUUACUAUGGAAUUCGAAUCACAUCCCCAAUGAUCGAAGGAAAGUGAAGAAAGUGCUUGAGAAUCUACAACCUUCUAAUCAGUUGGAGCAUCUUUUAAUCAGGAGCUAUUGUGGUACAAAAUUUCCAAGUUGGGUAUUCGAUAAUUCGUUAUCAAAUUUAGUAUCCUUAGAGUUAAAAAACUGUAAAUAUUGCCUAUGUUUGCCUUCCCUUGGACUAUUGUCAUCUCUGAAGACCCUCCAGAUUACACGACUUGAUGGAAUAGUGAGGAUUGGUGCUGAAGUUUUUGGGAGCAACUCUUCUUCAUUCAAGUCCUUGGAAAUAUUGAAAUUCUACAAAAUGAAGAAAUGGGAAGAAUGGGAAUGUAAAACUACUUCUUUUCCACGUCUUCGACAUCUUGUUAUUGUUCGAUGUCCUAAGUUGAAAGGUCUGUCAGAGCAACUUCUUCAUUUAAAGGAACUCUUUAUUGAGUCAUGUGGUAACCUCGUCAUUAGUGAACACAGUGAAGACACAUCAGCGCUUGAACUCUUGAGAACUCGUUCAUGCCGACUUGUGAAUAUUCCCAUGACCCAUUAUGAUUUCAUUGAAGAAAUGACAAUUAAUAGUGGUUGCGACUCUCUUACAAUCUUUCAGCUAAAUUCCUUUCCAAUGCUCCGUAAUCUUUCUCUCCAUAGAUGCAAAAACCUACAAAGAGUUUCCCAAGAGCACGCUCAUAAUCAUCUCAAGGUAAUGUCAGUGGGUGAAUGUCCUCAAUUUGAAUCAUUUCCCGGUGAAGGAUUAUCUGCAGCAUUUCCAUCUCUUACUCAUCUUCAUAUAGUUAAUUGUCCAAAAGUGGAGAAGUUCCCAGAUGGAGGUUUGCCAUCAAACGUAAAACACAUGUCUCUUUCAAGUUUAAAACUUAUCGUCUCCCUGCGAGAGACCUUGGAUGUCAACACAUGUCUUCAAAGCUUAUCUAUUUACUCUCUUGAUGUGAAGUCUUUUCCCGAUGAAGUUUUGCUGCCACCUUCUCUUACUUCUUUAAGAAUCGAUCGUUGCCGAAAUCUCAAAAAGCUAAACUACAAGGAUUUCUAUAACCUCUCCUCUCUCACACUUAGUGGUUGCCCUAAACUACAAUGCUUACCUGAGGAGGGUCUGCCCAAAUCCAUCUCUUCUCUUUAUAUUUGGCGUUGUCCAUUGCUGGAGCAGCGUUGUCAGAAGCCAGAAGGCAAAGAUUGGAGAAAGAUUGCUCACAUUCAAAAUCUGAGUGUUGGGUAAUAAGAUGAAGCAGAAGUUCAGAAUUAGAUGCUGACUUGCUAACAGGUGUUAAUUCUUCUCACUCUGUAAUUGCAUGGCUUCGACAAACUCUUCUUUGUUUUGAUGUUUUUUCUGUUAGAGUGGCAUCAGAUCUCUUAAUUUG